ACAUCGUAAACAAAACAAUGAAUUUGUAUUCGCCAAUUAUAUUAAAUUAAACAACAAUGAAUAAUCAUACUGCUCGACUGCUCAACGUGGAUAAUAAUGGCCAAAUGACAGGUUCAAUAUUGGCCAAAGCAAUAGCCGAAGACGUUGCCAAAGGAUUGAUUCCUUGUUACGUGGUAGCUACUUUGGGAACUACAGGUACUUGUGCGUUUGACCGUUUGGAAGAAUUGGGUCCGAUUUGUAACGAGAACAAUAUUUGGUUGCACAUCGAUGCAGCUUACGCAGGUACUGAUGCAUACUUUUAUUAACAUAAAGGUAUAGAUACGAACAAACAAUAUAUAAUAAAUCGGUCCUAAAAAGAACUUAAGCAAAUUAUAUGUAGUUUUCACUACAAAUAAAUUCAAUUUUGAUUAACAAUUAAUAAAUUAAACUUUUCUUUCCCAGACAAAAAAUGUAUAUAAACAAAAUAAUAAUCGGUCGCUGAUGGUAUUCUUUUAGGUGCUGCCUUUGUCCUGCCAGAAUACAGGCACCAUAUGGCUGGGGUAAAGUACGCAGACUCGUUCGACGUGAACUUGCACAAAUGGCUUUUGGUGAACUUUGACUGUUCCGCGAUGUGGGUAAAGAACGCCACUCAUCUGGUGGAUGCGUUUAACGUGGACCGGAUAUACUUGAAACACAGCUACCAGAGUGAGGAUCCUCAACUACCGGAUUACAGGGUAACUCAAUAAAUAACGAACAUUGGCUCGGUGAAAUUUAGACUGUAGUAUAAAUGUUCAUUAGUUAAAAUACCUGCAGAGUUUAUUUUUUGUAAUUUUUGGAAAUAACAUUGACGAAUAGUAUUUCAUUUAAUGCCGUUACAUUAGAAAAUAGUUUGACUUUUCAAAUUAUCCAGUUAAUACAUAAGUGUCAUAAGUUAAGUAAUAAUUGUUAAACUAGUCAAAAGUUUUGUAUUGUUUUACGAACCCUAAUUUCUAACUUACUUUCUAACUCGUUUGUGUCCCACUAUUGUUGUACUUGAAUGCAUAUGUAUCGUUAUGUACUCGUAUACGUUUUUACGCAGUAAGUUUUUCCAUUUUCACACAAAUUGUAAUGUUAUUUAUCUGGCAUUCGGUUAUCAACAAAAGAUAAUGGCCGAGAUAACACGGUUUACAUUAUUGCAGAAUACCGACUAUCUGGGUGGAACAGUUAUCAUAUAUUAGUACGGCGAUGGGAUUUUUAUUAUUUUAGAUUCUGAGUGGAAUGAAGAAGUUUUUGGUUUUACAAAGAUGUUUAUUGUAAUUUUUUUUUUUUUUGUGGACAACUUUUUUACCAAAGAACUUGUUCCGAUUUUUACGUGUAGCAACUCUUCUGAAAAGAACUUAAGGUACUUUAGAGAGGUCGUAUUGCCGUUUUCCUCGGAGUUUUCUUAGCAAAUGUGAAAAACUGGGAAAACCGGGAAAAUUGGUACAACAUUAAACACAUAUUAUUAAAGAAAAUAUAUAGAGCAUAUAAACACUGUUGUGAGCGGGAAGUUGCAGGGAAUGUAAAAUAUUUUAAAUUAUUAAAUUUAACUUAAAAAUCGCCAAAAUAUCGCUGUGCUCAGAACCUAAAAAUAUGAGGAACUUUAAUUUUAUGUUUUUAUACGGUAGCAUUUUUAUUUUGAUUUAGGUGUGUAUCACUUGCUGAAUUUCAAGAUAUAGGUAUCACAACGUACAGCAAUUUCAUUCUUACCACGAUGGAAUUCUGUUCUUAUGUGUCAACUAUAUUUUAUAAUUUAAUAUAUUUUGUCAAUAUUAAGCAGAAAUUCCGCAAGUGUGAACAGGUGCGUCUUCAGGUUAGUCCCAAUAAUAGAUAAAAGAAAAUACAAUUUUGAUUGUAUAAGGUUGCCAUAGAUGGAUAUUGUGAAAUUAAGGUGCUUAAAUUUGUACUUUAUAUUAUAAGCCAAUCUUAAAGCUUUCGGAGUCGGUUUUCCAAAUUUUCUCCAAUUUUGUAAAAUUUAAAUAUUACUUGGAGCAUUAUAAUUACCAUCUUGAAGAUAAAACUUUCCAUAAUCUAAUACAUGAUACCCAUUAAGAGAAAUGAGUUAUCCGCCUUUUACAGGCGAAAAUGACUUUGAAGGAAAAACAUUCAUGCCUCGUAAAACAGUCCAAUUUCGAUUUAUUUCUCAUUAAUUUAGAUUCUGAAUUUGCCGAGGAAUAUAUUGGUUUUAACAAGAUUUAUACUUUUUUUGUUACAUUUGAUUCAGUAUCAAAUAAAUCAGACAUUAUCAAAUGUAUUUAUCUUCAGUACUUUUAGAAAAAAAUGUGAUCAUUUUUUUUUUUAUUUUUCAUUAAAUUUGGAAGUAGUAUAAUACAAUAUAAUUUUUAAUGAGAGAUAAUAAAUAAUAAACUCAUAAAUGAACAAAUGGAUAUUUAAUGACGCAAGGGUUAUAAUUUAUAAUACAUAAACAUUGGUAAAAACCCGAAUAGAAUGCGUGUAAUGCAUUACGCGGAUAACAGAAAAAGUUCUCCGUGUGGAAGCUACACACUUAAGUAUUACCACAAGCUGGCACUUAAAACAAUCUAAAUACGGUAGCCGAAUAUUUUGAAAAACUGAAGAGUUUGUCGACCAUUUAGCGAUAGUAUUGAUGGAAAGUUGUCGGUGUGAACGUUUGUAUUGAACAUAACGAAACGUUAGUUGCUCAAAACUCGAUCCCCGCCAACUUCAUCGUCACCCACGUUAAAAGGCUCUAAUAAGUAAUAAUUAAGAAGCGGAAUUUAAUACAAAUUGCGUUUUUUUUUUUUUUUUUUUGAAUGUGCUAAAGCAAUGCUUUCCAAGCACAAAAUUCGUUUCAUAUAUCAAAGAAUUAAAAUAUGAAACUAUUAUUUUGCAUUUUUUACAUUUUUAAUUUUAGAUUAUUUCUUAUUGUUAGAUUAUUUUUGACAGAAUUUGAUAAAAUUUAUUUUGAUUUCCUUCGAGAAGAAAAAAAAUCAUAUUUCUAUUUUUUUUAAUUUAUUAGGUAUAGAUUUGCCUAUUGUACCAAAUAAAUACGAUGCCGGCUGCAAUAAAGAAAACGAUAAGCUAUUUAUCGAGUUGUAUUGUAGUCGUAUUGCAUCAUUUGCACUGUUAUGUUUAGUAAGUUUAUGUAACUAAUAAAACAUUUUUUUUUCAACGUUUAAAGUGAUUUUUAGAGCAUUUUUUUAUUUUUUAUUUAAGUGUAUUUUUCUUGUUUCCUAAUGCAUUUAAAUCCGCACCCUAGUAAUAACAUAUAGCUAAUAGGUAGUAAUAUUUUAUUUUCGCAUAGUACGGAUAAAACAAUAAUAAUGAAAUAAAUAUAUUAUUUGUAUAGAUAUUGAAAUUCAUAAAAAACUACCGAGUUUAAACAUAUUAGUUAACAAGAUCAAAAGCUAUAUACGCUUAGGCUGUGAUCGCUUUAAUGAAAUUGGCGGGUAUGAAUAUAAAUAAAAAUGCAAAUUGCAUAAUACAUAAUAUUAUACCAUACUAAUAAUAUACACAUUGCACGUGUGCACAGUGCUAUUACGUCUAGUUCACCUAACUGCAUGAACAAGAACAAUGUUAAUGACGUAGUGAGUAUAAUAUUGCCGUCUCAAACGAUUUUAAUUAAUGCAAAGAAAAUAAAUACGCAUGUAAUAAACAACGAGUAGAAAAAAUGUUAAUUAAUUGUCUAUAAUAUAAUAUUUUAUGGUAAUGUAAUUAAAUCUGGACGUUAUUUUGCGAACUCAAUUGAACAUUAUGUUUAAUUAAAUCGAUUGUCUUGUGUGUACACCUAUAUACUUCAUUUCAAUACAAACAUAAUGUUGUGGUAAUAAUUAUUGUGCAAGCUAUUUUUUUUUUAUUAUUGAGUAUCUAUACACAGCGUACACAAGCACUUAUCGCAAUACUGAUCUUGUUUAAAUAUAUUUAUAUACAUAGAAUUUUUUACGAAUAAAAAUUAAUAACUUAAUUUUAAAUGUCGUUAAAGAUCAACAAUAAUAACACAAUAUCACAACCGACCUACCCUAACACUCUAACAUCAUAUACGUUACAAUUAAAUUUCGAACUCAAAUGUACUAAAAACCAUUCACAAAAUAAUCACGAUAAUCUAUAAGUCACUUAUUGCUUUCGAUGUGUGCCACUAACUUUAAAUCUAUAAUAACAAAACAAAGUUUCUGUCCGUCUGUUUGUUUGUUUUUCUGUAGCAAUAUACUGCCGAAUGUGCACGCAGAAGUUUGAAAAUUCGCGUUUAUUUCAAAUUUCUUAUCAUAAGCAAAUUAUCAAUGAAAUAAUUGUUUUGGUUGAUGAAAAUUGAAUAUUUUAGUAACAAAAUGAAUUUAAACUAAAAUUUCAUCUAUUUAUUGAAAUUUUGGUACAGGUUGCUAUUUGAAAAUCAAAAUUGGGUUGUGGUUUUGCUCUUAAAAAUAGAAAAAAGUAAGGACAAUGUAACAUUUUAGAAUAUAUGAAUUUAAAAUUUGUUUAGACAAGUUUUUUUUGAAAAAAUAAAUAUUUCAUAGAAAUUUAUUGUAAUAUGAAAUUUGAGAGUCCCCUGUAGAAGCGGAUGAACUGGUCUGUAUGCACCUAUGAAGUCAGAUUUCCGUAAUAAACCCAUAAACAAAAAACAAUUCUGAACAAAGUACUAUUAUUCGUAUUAUUUUUUUUUAUUUUUUUUUGUCUUUGUUGCCAAAGGAACCCAGAAAUCAAAAAAAUUGUACCAAAAAUAGCCAGUAAAAAAAAUACUAAGAAAUUCAAAAAAUACCUCCUCAAUGUACAAAUUAGAUCAAAAAUACUACAAGAAAGUUCUUAUAAAGUUUUUGAUUGUAGUAAGAUUUCUGGUAGAAAUUUUGUUUACAGUAACAAAAAAAAAAAAAAAAUCCAUCACAGGAAAAUACUAAUACAUUUCUCGCUUCGCUCAGAAUUUAAAACAGUUAUCAUUAAUUAUUUGGUUGUCACGAGCAAGGAAGUACUCCCUUUAAAAAAAAUUAUCGGGCAAAAUCGCCUGACUGCAAUAGGGGCAUGGGAAUCACGGAAGUACACAUUAUUUUAUUUUCGUUCAAUACUGCAGUGCACUGGUAAAACAGCGUGAGACGGCUUUUGCCAAAAAAAGUGAACAUUGUAAUAUAAUGUAUUGUAUGAAGUUAAUUCGAAUUAAAAGGCAUUCACUGUAUUAAAAUAUAUUUCAAAUGGGUUACACGUAAUGAGUAUAGUUUAGCGUUGUCCAGUAUCCUAUUACUUUACAACAUUAUCACGUAUAUCGGAAAAAAAAAAUUAAUUAUCUAUCUUUACAUAAUAUAAAGAAAAAACUUACCAGAAAAAUGAAAUAUUCCAAUAAAAUAUUUUACUGCGUUCAAUCUUCUUGAUAGUUUUAAAACUCGUAAAACGGUACGGAUAGAAUAAUCAUUCCGGCACAAUAAUUCACGCACUCAAUAAACAAUAGGUACUGCAGAUGUCGACGGAUGACGUACAUCUUUAUACUAAAAUGUUAACGAACGAAAACGUUACGAAUAAAACAAAAAAAAAAAAAAUUAAAAAACAAUAACAAUAUUUUUUUUUCUUUAGAUUGGACCACCCCUCAUUUCCGAAGUACACGCGAACAUGGACAUUUUGGGAGCCAAACAUUUUAAAAAAGGCGGACCUGUGCAGUUGGCAAUGAUUAUUGCCUAUUUUUUGUUAUUAUUAUUAUGAAUUUUCACCUUGGGGCUCUCAUCGUCGAAUCAACCCGCAGAGACGGACGACUUACAUAAGUAUAUUAGGUAUCUAUUACCAUUUCGCGUGCACGAAUGGCAAAUCGAACUAUUGAUCCAUGACUCAAGGGCAAGGGCAAGAGCAAUGGAAUAUUAUUAUGUUCGUCAUCUCACCAACAACUCAUCGAGGUUAAUUAUGUGCACGGAACGUACGUGCAUUUUUUUUUCUUUUUUAAAUUAAGACAACGGAGGCGUUUGAAAACUUUCGGUAGGAGGCGCGAAAAGAAUGGGAAACGGUAGUAAAUAUACCAAUCGAAAUGUUACGUAUAUAGUAAAUCACUACCAUCGAGAAAUGCACUGUUGUGACGCUUACGUAUACAACGAGUGUGUGUACACAGUUUUACCUAUAGGCAAUAAUAUUAUGUAGGUGUGAGUAAAAAAAAAUUUUUUUUUAUAAACCAAACAUAGGCACGUCAAUAAUUUCGGCUAUCGCUCAACAGGGAUUCUCUCUAAUAUUUUAUUCUAUUAUAUUCAUAGAUGUAUACCGUUUUCAAUUAAAUUGUAUGAUGUAUAUGUUAUAUACUAUAAUAUAAUAUCUAUACGUUACGGAGGAGUCCUUCAGAAAAACGAUGGUUUUUAAAAAAUUCUUACGAGUAAUUAUUUAUUAUAUUCCGGGACGUACAACUCUAUAUAUAAAACGACGACGGGGACAUGUUAUUAUUUUAUAUUCAAUGUAAACCGAAAACCACAAUAGGCUUUGAUUAUACGACUUUCGAUAUAAAAUAUCGCAUAAAAAAAUAAUCUUAUUGAAUUUUUGUUCUUAUGAACGUUAUUGACUGACGAUGAACAAUUACUAUUAAAAAUAUCUCGGCUAUGAUAUUAUACGGAUAUUAAACACUAUUUUAAUAUACCAAAUAAGAAAAAUUACUUUACUUUACAUUACUUUAUGAAUACCUACCUACUAUACGUGUAUCAACGUAACAAUUUUUUUUUUCAAUAGUUAUAUACUCUUCUGGGUGUUCUAUAUUCACAGUGGCGUGCCCAGAAAUUUUCAAUGGGGUUUAGAAAAUAAUAGUUAUGAAUCUUCUUAUAUGGCUCACGCGUCAACGGAAAUUUAAAAGUCAAAUAUCUAAAAAAGCCAAUUUGUAUUCAUUAAAUCAGGCUUUUCUUUGUAACUUGACUGAACUAUAUAUUUAUAUUCCAAGAUUAAACCACUAAAUAAAUACUCGUUGUUGUUUUAUUUUUAAGCGAAUGGGGAACAUUAUACCCUUCAACCUUUCCUCUCCCCUGCAAACGCUAUAAAUAUUCAAAUUCUAACAAUAAUUCUAAUAAAACAAGACCCAUGUGCAUCACAGUUCUUUCACUAUAAAAUCGAAUCCUCCCACCUCUAUUUUAUGUUAUAUAAAAUAUAUCCAUUGUAAAACAAUAAAUAACCGAACACUAUAAUAUUACUAUAAUAUAACUUUACAAUUAUAAUACUUCCGAAAGAUUUAUGACAUUUUAACGUAAAUAUUGUGAAGUGGGGUUGAAAGUUGAAACCCCCAAAAAACACAUCCUUAACACUAACGCAAUACAUGUAUAAAUUGUCUAAAGAACUACAAUGGUUGUUACUUUUUUAAGAUUUGGUAUUUGAAUGAACAACUAGCAUAAGUAUUUCUCGUUUUUAACAAUGUUCCUUAGUAAGUAUCAAUUUAAUCGCUACCAGUACUUACGCAACAUCGCUCCAUCCGCAAACAAUCACUUCUAAUACUAUGAUAGAAAUACAUAUAAUUUUGAUUCAUCAAUGCCUAUUUGCUUCUAUAAUAGCACUACAUUUUUCCAGGAACAAAAAGGAUCAAAUUAAAGAAACCACCUCGGAGAACCAUCAUAGAACUUGACGUUUCUAACUUCAGCAUCCUAAACGCUAGCGGGAAAAUUCGACAACAUCACAGUUGGAUCCGUAAAACUAGAACGAUGUCGGUAGUUAUGAAGACUCAGAGUACCACUCGUCACGCAAGAAAUAGACCACCCUUAAUCGAUUCCAGACUGAGCAUAGGAAAUACAGAUAUCUGAUACCCAAAUGAAGUUCAAUCUCAGUCCCAAGGUGUGAUUAUGACUACUUCAAAAAGAAAAGUAACUCACUAUCACUACAGCCACUUUUUUGGUUUUACAAUGAUGAUUAUUUUAAUUUUUUUCAGUGGACAACUUUUCUACCGGCAGUUUUGCUCUGAUUUACAAUGAUAGCACUUUUUCUGAAAGGAAAUCGAACUGGCGGGGGGAGAGAAGGCCAUUUUUUUGAUUUUCCAAAGAGUUUUCUUAAUAAAUUGGAAAAACCGGAUAAAAACGGGAAAAUGUACAACAUUUAUUAAGUAGUAAAAUAUUAUUGUCUUUGUUUUUCUGUGAACAACUUUUCAACCAGUAUGUUUGCGAUUUCAAAAAUACAUAUUAGGCACAUAUUUAUGACAAGUUCAAUAUUGAAUCAAGCUAAGAAUACAAUGCAGCUAAGAGUAUAUUGGAGAGCGCACAUGGGGGGGCGAUCGCCUCUAUCUCCUCCCUGGAUUCACCACUGGUCACAUGUGUUAUCAUAAAAACUAUAAAAUGUCUUUUAAAAAAAAUAGUAGUUGGUACCGGACAAAACUAGUCACAAGUAGGAACGUGAUGAGGUUACAUUUCAUAAGUAAGACAGAUUUUUAAAAAAAGACCGUGAUAUUUUUUUACUAAUACCUACAUUUCGUGCAUUUUCCAAUUUUUCCUCAGUUUUUCCCAUUUCUUGGGAAAACUUCUGAGGAAAUCAACAAAUGACCUCCUUAAAGUACCACUCCAGUCAGAUUUUCUUUCGGAAAAAGUGCUAUCAUUUUAAAACCAAUACAUUCCUCGCACCACUCAGAAUCUAAAAAAAAAUACUACAUUAUGUUCAACUUUUUUUUUAUCUCUAAAUUAAAUUUAUAAAUUAUAUUAAUUCUCGUAUUAAAUUGUCAAUCAGUUCUGUUUGAUCAAAUAAUUGUAUCCACAUAGUACCUACCAAGGAAAAACUAUGUAAAAAAAACUAGAAAAUGUGGAAUGCCUAUUAAUUGCUAAAACUUAUUUUCAGAAUAUUUUGAAAUCUUUAUCGUGUCUAUAAAAGGG